AUGUCGUCAGCUAUGGAUAAAGCUCUUAUGGCGAUGUCUCUAGAAGAAGAUAUUGAGAGUGCUCUUGUUCGUGCGAAUCGGAAACAAGCUCGAUCGAAGGCUUCUACAAGUUCUGCUGGUCGCAAAUCAACACGAUCCACCUCUGAUGUCAAUGAUUCUUCUCCGAUCUCACCACCAGUGACCGAUUCUCAGGAAAAGAACUAUGAUGACUGGAGUUAUGCGAUGCGUAUUUCACUAGAUGCAAAGAAUAAGAUAAAAUUUAUCGAUGGUUCUUUGCCUAGGCCUCUUGUUACAGAUCCAAACUUUGAUCUAUGGUCUAGAUGUAACAGUAUGGUCAAAGCAUGGUUGCUUAACUCUGUUUCUCCUCGGAUUUAUCGUAGCAUACUGCGUAUGAACGAUGCUACAGAUAUAUGGCGUGAUCUCUAUGGUCGUUAUCAUUUGACAAACCUUCCACGCACAGAUAAUAUUACUCAGGAGAUUCAGGAUCUGCGUCAAGGUUCUUUGUCCUUGUCAGAGUAUUAUACUCGUUUGAAGACGCUGUGGGAUCAACUUGAUGGUUCAGAGGAGCCGGAUGAUCCCUGUGUCUGUGGUAAAGCUGCUCGUCUGCAUUUGAAGGCAGAGAGAGCUAAGACAAUUAAGUUCUUGGCUGGUUUAAAUGAAUCCUAUGCUAUCGAUGAUAGUCAGAAGGUUUUCACUACUGUCACUCCACCUACUGCUUUUCAAGUCUCUCAAUCACCUUCGGUUCCUGCUCUCUCUCCUGCUCCUGAUAUAUUAUAUGUUCAGAAUGGUCCAAACAAGGGUAGACCAAUUUGUUCUUUUUGCAACAGAGUGGGACAUAUUGCAGAACGUUGUUGUCGUAAACAUGGCUUUCCACCGGGAUUCACUCCAAAAGGGAAGUUUGGUGAGAAAACUCAUAAACCUCAAGGUGUACAACCCGUUGCUGCUCAAGUUUCUUUGUCUCCUAUGCCAGAGAAGCAGUCGAUUGAAGGCAUGAUUGGUAAUCUCUCUAAAGACCAACUCCAGAACAUCAUUGCCCUUUUCAGUUCACAGCUUCAAUCCUCGACUCCAGUUGUUACUCCAGCUGCAGCAAGUAAUUCCCAAUCGGCUUUAGAUCACCCUGGUAUCUCUUUCUCUAACACAGUUUACUCUUUUAUUGGCAUAUUGGCGGUUUCUAAACACAUUUUGUCAAAUGGCACAUGGGUGAUUGAUUCUGGUGCAAGUGUGCAACUCACCAUGUGUCACAUGAGAAAGAUGUUUUUGUCUCUUUAG